AAGAGAAACAAGUGAGAACAUAAGUAGCCCCGCCAUGCAGGAAGUAAAAACCCAAAACCCAAACAAAACAAACACCAGUUGCGCUUUGAGCUCGAGCUAGAUCUAAUAUGUCGGUGUUCGUACCUCACAUUUUCUUCAGAUCUACCUACCAUUGUUACUUUCAGCAAUUCGGCCAUUGAUGUGGACACUAAUGACACCACUGGCAAUUAGACCCAUGCUUCCCUCUAAUCUCUCCAUUUAGUUGGGUAGCGUGGAAUUUGCAUUGCAAUCUCGUUGCAGAUGCACAAGCAAGGUUCAGAGUAGAAAGGAAGGGCGAUGGCUAAGCAUUUGGACGAGAAAUCGAAAGGAUGGAUAUGGUGGGGGGUGGCGUUGGUCAUUGCAGCAUUUGUGGUAACGGCAGCAGUCCUCACUAUCAGGCACAAGAAGCAUUCACAUCACCAAUCCAGCUCCCCUGGUGCCAUUUCUCAGAAAUAUGACCAGGCCUUGAAGGUCGCACUCACCUUCUUCGACAUUCAAAAAGCUGGGAAGCUCCCUGCUGAUAACCCUGUCUCUUGGAGAGGGGACUCCGCUCUUAAGGAUGGGCAGGACGUGAGAGCAGAUCUAUCCAAAGGAAUGUACGAUGCAGGGGAUCACAUUAAGUUUGGGUUGCCAAUGGCAUUUACAGCCACGGUUUUGUCCUGGGCUGUCUUGGAGUAUGGAGAUCGCAUGGAGGCCGCCAAUGCCAAUACCAAAGCCGACGCUCAGGAUGCUAUCAAAUGGAUCACAGAUUACUUAAUCAAUGCCCAUCCUUCACCCAAUGUUUUGUAUGUUCAGGUGGGCAAUGCAACUCUUGAUCAUCAGUGUUGGGAAAGGCCUGAAUCAAUGAAGGAGGAAAGGCCAACACUUCAGGUGGACACCUCCAUUCCUGGGUCAGACGUUGCAGCAGAGACAGCUGCUGCAAUGGCAUCAGCUUCAUUGGUGUUCCGCAAGACUGAUUCUGCAUAUGCAGAUAAACUGAUUCAGCACGCAGAACAAUUAUUUCAGUUUGCUGAUUCUUAUAGAGGAUUGUAUAGCCAUAACAUCCCUUCUAUCCAGAUCUUCUAUAAUUCAACUGGAUAUAAGGAUGAUCUUCUGUGGGCUGCAGCUUGGUUAUAUCAUGCAACUCACAACGAAACAUACUUGAACUAUGUUUCAACAGAGAAUGGGCAAACUUUUGCCCGGUGGGGAGCAGCUCCAACUUGGUUCAGUUGGGAUGACAAACAUGCUGGGGUGCAGGUUCUUCUUGGAAGGAUUCGUUUUUUUGGGUCAAAGACAGUGAGUUCUGAAGUGAAUGUCAAUCUUGAACAAUACAGAAAGACAGCAAGGGACAUCAUGUGUGCUUUUCUUCCGAACUCCCCUACUGCCACUACCAAUAGAACGGAUGGAGGGCUUCUAUGGAUAACAGAAUGGAAUGCAAUUCAGCAUGGGGUGAAUUCUGCUUUUCUUGCGGUGAUAUUCAGCGACUACAUGUCAACGGCAGGAAUUGAGACUUUCAAGUGUGGAGAUAAAAGCUUUUCUUCGCAGGAUUUACGCAUGUUUGCAUCUUCUCAGGCUGAUUACAUACUAGGAGAGAAUCCAAUGAGCAUGAGCUAUUUGGUGGGGUAUGGGAAAAAGUACCCUGAGCAAGUGCACCACAGAGGUGCGUCCAUUCCUGUCGACGCAUCCACUGGGAAUGGUUGCAAGAGUGGAUUUCUGUGGUUUAACGCCACUUCUCAAAAUCCGAAUGUGGCCACAGGAGCCCUGGUUGGAGGGCCUUUUCAGAAUGACUCCUUCACUGACCUUCGCUCCAAUUCCAUGCAGAAUGAGCCUACCACAUACAACAGUGCUGGAUUGGUAGGACUCUUAUCUGGAUUGCUUACCACUUCAUCUCUCACUCAGUCAUUUUCCUCCUAGCCUCUUCAUGCCCCUGGUUGGAGGGCCUUUUCAGAGUGAUUCCGUUGAACAUUUGUUCCAAUUCCAUGCAAAAUGAGCCCUCUAAUUACAACCCUGCUGGAUUGGUUACCAGUUGAUCUCCCGUUUGCUCAUUUUACUCCUAGCCUCGUUAUGUAUUGUAUAUUUAGGUGUCGCAAUUCGAUUCUUUAGUCUCCUUUAUAUUGUGCCUAAUAUGUAGUUGUGCGCAUAUUUGAUUUCUAGUUUUAAUAGAAUUUCAGCUCUUAAAUCAUAAUAUUUUCAAAUAAUAGAAAUCUUUCGGCAUUCAGCGAACAGUAGGUUAUUUUUUAUUUGAUAUGAAAUUUUUUUAAUUUUCAGUAAAUGGGAUUGACUUUGGGAAA